AUAGAUGUGUUGACAGGUUUGGAUAGUGAUUGUAGUUUUAAGUUGAACUUUAAUUCAGUUAUAGUGAACUUUAGCCUCCACAAUGCUGUUAAAACAUUUAAAAUCCCAAAACAGACUCAAGACUGCCUUCAUGGGAAAGUCUCCUAGAACCGGGACUGAUUUAUAAUGGUACUUCUGAAGAAAUCGAUGAUUUUGAGCAACAAACGUGGAAUGGUCAAGCUGACGGCGGGCCUGAUGACUGUCGUUCCUAAGAGUCACCGCAAGGUCAUUAAAGUCGCCAGCAAACGACCAGCCGCCAUCCUCAGAGCCCCAGCAUCAGCUGUAAAACGAGAGCAUAUUCCUGUAGAUCCUUGUGACAACUCAAACGACUCAGGACUUGGCUUCGAUCACCACAUUGAUUAUCACUCGAGCAUCGCGUCUCACCCCACCCUGUGCUUCUCGGACAAAGAGACCGGGUGGCAGACUGAGGAGCCAGCGGAAGCGAAGAGACGAAGGCUGGAGAUCAAACUGGAAUCUGAUGACGCAAACGAUAACUUCACUUUCCCACAAACUGUAAGACAAGUGCCCAGGGCUAUCUGUGUACCAGUGCGAGCGCGUACCAGCCGAGUGGUGUCGGUGCCAGCGCCGCUCAGCUCGCAGCUGUCAGCCACCUCGCAGAACGGGCUGACUCAGCUGCUGAUAGUGUGCCAGCCAGAGCAGCAGCACCGAGCCCGGUACCAGACGGAGGGCAGCCGAGGUGCCGUCAAGGACCGGACGGGCAAUGGCUUCCCCGUUGUCAAGCUGGUGGGCUACGAUGGGCCGGCAACACUGCAGGUGUUUAUAGGUACGGACCAGGGACGUGUGGUCCCCCAUAUGUUCUACCAGGCCUGUCGUGUCUCUGGCAAGAACUCCACCCCCUGCGUAGAGAAGAAGGUGGACGGCACAAUAGUCAUCGAAGUGGACAUUGAACCCUCGAAGGACAUGGUGGUUACGUGUGACUGUGUGGGGAUCCUGAAGGAACGCAAUGUCGAUGUGGAACAUAGGUUCCCAGAGGAAGGGACGGGUCGAACCAAGAAGAAGUCGACCCGCUGCCGGAUGGUAUUUCGGACAACUAUCACUAAUCCGGACGGCUCACAGGAGACUCUGCAGGUCACCUCACAGCCAAUAGUAUGCACCCAGCCGCCUGGUGUGCCAGAGAUCUGCAAGAAGUCACUGUCAUCCUGCAGUGUCCGUGGUGGCCAGGAGCUUUUUGUCCUGGGCAAGAACUUCCUCAAGGACACACGAGUACUGUUCCAGGAGGGUGACUCCACCAACCCUUCCUGGUCCCAGAGUGUACAACCGGACAAGGAGUUUCUCCAACAGUCACACCUGGUGUGUACCGUGCCACCGUACCACCGUGUUGACAUCUCAGAGCCGGUUACAAUCCGGUUACUGGUGGAAUCUAGUGGCAAGGCCAGUGAGCCCCACACGUUUCUCUACUUGCCGGAUACGUCUCCGCCACACUCAGACAAUAACACAGUUUUGGUCCCAGAGGGAAAUGUUGUCACCAAUUCCAUCAGUUCACAAGUUAAGUUCCUGAAGCAGGCUCAACGAUGCAGAGGAUCUGUGAUUUUUCAUCAACGUCGAUAUAAUAAAAACGGUGGCAGCCCUGGAGUGUUCCCCAGCCACUUGCCCCAACCAGUGGCUGCAUCACUUCUCAUGUCCUCUGAGACCCCUGUCACAGCGACUUUCAUCCCCUCUCAGACUUCCACAGGGAGGGAAGAUAACAUACAUCCCGUUAUGAUGUGGGAUAAGACGAUGCCAGUGGACGUGAUGAUGCCACCACCACCUCCUGCUCUACUGCCAAUUUCAGGUCGAAGAUCUUCAGUGCAGAUGAUUGUACCAGAGCCUCUCGAACCGGAAAAUCUGAAACAAGAAGUUUCUGAGGAAGCACCCAAGCCCUUAUCUGAUCUCUCAAGCAGCCAGCAACCCUCUAUGGACACAUUUCGCAGAUUUGUCACCAACAACACUCUUCCUUCCAUCACUGUUGAAAGCUAUCUAUCCAACAUCGAGGGGAACGCUGCGUUUGGUAACAAAGUGGUCAAAUCUCAGUUAAUCAGUGAAAUGCCACGGAUAAUGAUACCAUCAUCAACAGUUGUCAGUAAGCCACUGGCCUCGAGUGAUUCUUCCAGUCUUUUAACUACUGUUGAGCCUAUGCUUGUCAGCCAACCUGUCGGGAUGACGUUUGACGGUAGGAACAUGUGUGCCAGCUCGUCUGUUUCUCAGGCCUCCCACGAAAACAUCAGUGUCAUCGUGCCUUCUCCUCUGAUUCAGAAAAAGUCUUCUGAAUCACUCGUAUCCCAAGAGAUCCAACAACAAGAACAGAUUCCACAGUCACAAAGUGUUGGACUCGAUUUGUUGAUGAGAUCUGCUCUCAAUGAGCGACCUCCAACGAUGACCGAAAAGCUGGAUGCUUUUGUCAAUUCUGCAGCAGACAGCCAUAUCAGUCCCAAUCCAAACUCCACGAUCACAUCUGUUAUUACUGAAAAUUCAGUAGUGAACCCCAUCAAUGAUAUGGUUGUAAACACCGCCACCAACAUGAGCAAACUACAGGAGCAAAACAUGUCACCAAUUACCCAGUCGUCUGCAAUAUCAAUGUCUCCACAAACAAGUCCUCACCAUAGCUCUGCCAAUGUUGGCGAUGGAUCACUUUGCUCUAUUAUAAAUUCGCCACAGAACACAUCUGGUCAAUCUCAUGUUGUUUCCAGCAUCCAAGCCACUUUGGAACAUCACUUGAACAGCCAGAGUGCAAACUCGGCUCAGGCAAACAUUAACGACUUGAUUAAAACUUCUCAAACAGUAACGGCCGGUCAAGCUCAAGUUUAUUCAAACUUACAAUCAUCUAUAGAACAGUUAACCUCCCAGGCUCUGAGUUCUUCACAGAUGACUCAUUCUGAGAUCAACAGUAUAAUACAGUCUUCACAACCGACUCCGACGAGUCAAGCCCAUGUAAUGUCAAAUUUACAAUCUCUAGAACAACAUCUGUCACCGCCACCUGUCAAUUCAGGUCAGAUAAUUCAUCCCGAUUUGAAUAAUCUGAUGCAGUCUUCUCAGUCCUCUACUCAAGAACACACACUGGCAAAUCUUCAAGCCUCUUUGGAGCAACAAAUGUCAUCGCAUAACAUGACUUCUCAGCCGCAAAUGAAUCUGAGCAACCUGAUACAGUCGGCAUCACAAGAGUCUACACGUGAGGCUCAGGCAUUAUCUAACUUGCAAGCAUCUCUGGAACAACACCUUUCUCAAGGACUUAACUCUACACAAAUGAUUCACUCUGAAUCCAUUCAACCAACAAAUUUGUCUAUGGGAAGUAUCGGGAAAACUAUCCAGACAUCCACCCAAAGUCCUACUAUCAGUGAAAAUCAAAGCUUAUCAAAUCUUCAAGCUUCACUGGAACACCAUAUGUCUUCACAAAUAUUGAGUUCCGUACAAGCAGCUCAUGAGUCGCUAACAAACGGAAACAUUUCCAUGAACACUUUAAAUUCUUCGGUGCCAACUUCCCCUCAGAUUCAAAUCGCUGUCAGUCAAGCUCAAGUAUUAUCCAAUCUCCAAGCUUCUCUUGAACAUCAUCUAGCCUCUCAGGUGGCUGCUUCAGUUCAGUCGAUACAUGAAACAGUGACGAGUAGUCAGAUGACGACUAAUUUAAAUUCUCCAGUCGAGAAUUCCUCGCAAGUCGCUGUAAGCCAAGGUCAAACAUUAUCAGGCCUCCAAAUGUCCCUUGAGCACCUGAGUCCUCGGGUCAUGACAUCGCCCCAACCGACCCACGAGAAUAUGUCAGUCGGCAGUAUUUCACUAAACAAUACGAUGCAAACUUCUCCAGUUCAAAUUUCAGUUAGUCAAGCCCAGACACUAUCUGACCUUCAUGCGUCUCUUGAACAUCAUCUGUCUUCCAACGUCAUGGCCUCAUCUCAGCCAUCUGAAACAAUCAUACCUGUAGAAAGGCUAAACAAUCAGAUUCCAACUUCUCCACAGCAGUCAUCAAAUCAAAAUCUGUCAAGUUUUCAGGCAUCUAUAGAUCAUCUCUCAUCACAAGUGUUAAGUUCACCUCAGUCCAGCCAUUCUGAACACAAUCUCUCCAUCAACGAUUCUCGGUCUAUGGAUUUAACCAGUCCCCUGUCAUUAAUGAAUUCCCAGACAAUAAACGUUGUCUCGGAUACAAGCAGUACUAACAGCCCCGUUAUGAUACUGUCACCGAAUUCUCGUCAGAGUCCUUCCUCCGUUCUUACAACUCCGGGUCUCUCGAUGAGCAACACGCCCACGAUGGCUCUGUCACCAGUGAACACGCUGGCGAUGGAUAUGAAUCCUUCCAACAUCGUUCUCAACGCUUCUCACACAAUGGUGUCAGCCGCAGACAUCACGAUGGGCAAUCCUCCAACACUCCUCAGUCAACCGGACGUCCAGAUGCAGACCUCUCCAGGUGUCCAGCUACAGACCAGUAUUAGCCAGUUCGAGCAGGUGGCAUCGAGGAUACCGGACAAGAUGGCGGCCAUGAGUCAGUACCAACACGGCCAAGGGUUGCAAGGCAUGGAUAAGGAAGUUGAUAGGAAGGACCCGGCAGGGUACAUGAUACAGCCGGGAACUGUUCAGCCUCAUGCAAACUACGAGAUAAAACCUCAACCCGUGAAGAAGUGCGAGGAACUGGCCAAUGAGCUGACUCAGAUGUCCGAACAUGAUCUCAUCAGUUACAUUAAUCCCAGCUGUUUUGAUACAGCUGACUUCACAUUUCUUGGCCAUGUUUCAUACAACAGGUAGAUGUGCGCGCAACCACAAAAAUAGAGUUUAGUCCUGAUGAAACGUCAGUAUUUAAGAAGAGACUGCACUGCUGUGACAGAACGAACGGAAGUGCUAUCUAGGACUGGGUGCUAAUCGAUAGUUAACGUUUACACCUCACCCGUGUGAACCAGGCUCGACCUCUGUGAGGGAUGUAUAUAUAUACGCUGAUCACAACUUAGUUGUGCCGGACCCAACCUAACUCAUAGUUUGGAUAUAAUCCGAAUCGUUAUUGUAUGUAAUGUAUUAUUUUAUAUAUUGAUGUAGUGUGUAGGUAUGUGUAAUAAAUAUUCAAUCACCGUUUGUGACAGUGCUGGGACAUGGCUGUAGCAGGUUCAUUGUUGUGUCAUUGUUACAAAAUAGGCUUAAAAUGUAUAUAAAAUGUUAUUAUUGAAAGUGAGAAAACUUUAAGAAUUAUUAAGAUUAUAUCGGAAUUUUGCAGAAUUUCGUAAUGUUAUAUUUUAUAUUAAGUUUGUUUACCUUAUUCUUUCGCAUUGUUAUCGGAUUCAAUUUCAAGUGAGACAUUGAUAAUGGUUAUAAAAUUGUUUACGUAUUGUCUGGAUCGAGUCGUGUAUUUAUUUUCUUUGAAUUACUAAUUUUUUUUACAUUUUGUGUUGAUUCCAGAUCUGUUGUCCAAUAUUUUGCUUUAACAUUUUCUCCAUUGAAGAAUAUUCAAGCUUUCUGUAAAAAUAUUAUACUCUAGUCUGUGAUUUUCAAGGCCCUCAAAUCUCAAGAGCCUCUAAAGAAAUCGUGAUUUUAAUGUAUAUUUCAUAUUUUCAUACUCAUAAUGAAGUUAUAUCAUGUAACAGUUGUAAUCAAUGCCAUUAAAAACAAAUGAUUAAAAAAAAUAACAUACAUUAGUAAAUAAAAAUUAGCAGAUUGUUUUUGAACAAGUGUUGUAUUAUCAAAAUGAGUUUUUUUGCAAAGUUCAUUGUCUUUAUUUCAAACAAAACGGGAAUAUUCCUUCACCAUUAACAUUGUUUAUUUCAGCUUUACAAUGCCGAGAAUUAGUUUUAGUUUCAAAUGGAAAAAUUAAAAAUAAUGUUACAUUUACAAAUCUCUUGGAAAUAUAUUAGACUGACUCGUCCUUAAUUAUAUGUAGUUAUUAUCUAAUUGUGUAACAAGUUUAUGCUUAUUAUCACGUUGUUAAUGAUGAUAUAAUAUUUAUGUUAAUGCUAUAAUAAUACGUGUUGUUUUGUUUUUUAAGAUUGGUUAACUACAUUGUUCCUGACAACAAUACUUUGUCGUACAGCACAAUGUAAUAAAUGUCUUUAUUUUUCAA